AUGGGUGCAGCCUUGCAGAUGACAGCAUUUGGUCUUGCCCUCCUUGCAACCCUCUUCUUGCUCCUUGCCACGAGCACUGACUGCUGGAUGGUGAAUGUUGAUGACAGCCUGGAGGUAAGUCACAAGUGCCGGGGGCUUUGGAGGGAGUGUGUGACCAACAUGCAAGAUGGGGUCAGGACCUGUGACCAGUAUGACUCCAUUUUGGCUGAACAUCCAGUGAAGAUCGUGGUGACACGGACCCUGCUGAUCACAGCUGACCUCCUGGCUGGCCUGGCUUUGGCUGUCUUGAUGCUGGGGCUUGACUGCAUCAAAUUCCUGAAGGAAGAGCCUCGAGUCAAGCUGCAGAUGUGCUAUGGGGCUGGUGGCAUCCUGGGCAUUGGGAGCAUCCUGGGCCUCGUGGGCUCUGUGUGGUAUGCAGUGGAUGUCUACAUGGAGAGGGCAAUGCUGAUGUCACACAACAUUUUCCUGGGAGUCCACUAUGACUUUGGGUGGUCGUGCUGGCUGGGGAUGGCUGGUUCCACAGGUUGCUUCAUGGCAUCUGUCCUGCUGACCUGCUGCCUCUAUGCCUCUGCAGGUCAGUCCCACCCCAUCACACCCUAA